UUUUAUGUGUGCUAUUACCGGGACAGGCGUUAGCCGAGGGUUUUUGAGAGAAAGGCGGGGGGGGUAAGGAAGAAGAAGGAGGAAGAAGGAAAAGACAACAAGGAGGAGGAGGAGGAGAGAAAAAAGGAAGAGGAAGAAGAGAAACGAGGAGGAGGAGGAAGAAAAAUUACAACUACAAUAAGUAUGAUAUGGAGACAAAGAAUAGAAGGGAGGAAAAGAUGCAUGGGGGGAAAGAGAGAGAAACGUCUAGAAGCAAUACCUUCUUGUUAGCAGGUUGCUUUGUUGUAGGGGAGAAAAGUCUAGAGAAGGGGUGGGGAAAGAGUAGAGCGGGCAGGAGGAAGGGCAGGAGGAGGAUGUGAGACUGGGCUAGAGAAAUGAAAGCAAGCAAGCCUUACAGGUGGCACUUGGGACAAUCUCCCUGAAGUGCGGCAGCUCCCUUUCCAGGGACCGGGACCCCCAGAGGCUGAGCUGAGAAGGUGCAAGAACCAGAGGAGACGCAAGCAAAGCCAUGAUACUUUCAUGGAAAUGUCAGAGUUCUCCAAGAAGCUCAUGGGACAUCUUCAAACUGUGGGUCUGGACAGUGCUCUGUUGUGAUUUCCUGGCACAUCACGGGACUGACUGCUGGACUUACCAUUAUUCUGCAAAACCCAUGAAGUGGGAAGAUGCUAGGAAGUUCUGUCAGGAAAAUUACACGGAUUUAGUCGCCAUCCAAAACAAGGGAGAGAUCGAGUACCUGGGGAAGACACUGCCCUUCAGCCGCAGUUACUACUGGAUAGGGAUCCGGAAGAUAGGGAAUACGUGGACGUGGGUGGGAACCAACAAACCCCUCACGAAGGAAGCGGAGAACUGGGGAGCUGGGGAGCCCAACAAUAAGAAGUCCAAGGAGGACUGCGUAGAGAUCUACAUCAAGCGGUCUCAAGACUCGGGAAAGUGGAACGACGACGCCUGUCACAAACGGAAAGCAGCUCUCUGCUACACAGCUUCUUGCAAGCCUGGGUCAUGCAGUGGCCGUGGAGAAUGUGUGGAAGUCAUCAAUAACUACACCUGCAGCUGUGAUGCGGGGUACUACGGGCCCCAGUGCCAGUCUGUGGUCCAGUGUGCACCUUUGGAGGCCCCAGAGCUUGGCACCAUGGAUUGUAUUCACCCUUUGGGAGAAUUCAACUUUAGCUCACAGUGUACUUUCAACUGCUCUAAGGGAACAAACCUAAUUGGGAUGGAAGAAACAACUUGUGGGCCAUUUGGAAACUGGUCCUCUCUAGAACCAACUUGUCAAGCGAUUCCGUGUGAGCCCCUAACAGCACCUGAUUUGGGGACCAUGGAGUGUAGUCACCCCCUGGCCAAUUUCAGCUUUACUUCUGUCUGUACCUUUGAUUGCUCAGAAGGAACUGAACUCAUUGGAGAGAAGAAAACUACUUGUGGCCCAGUUGGAACGUGGUCUAAUCACAGUCCAAUAUGUCAAAAAUCGGACCAAAGUUUCUCAAUGAUCAAGGAAGGUGAUUAUAACCCCCUCUUCAUUCCAGUGGCGGUCAUGGUCACUGCGUUUUCCGGGCUAGCCUUUAUCAUCUGGCUGGCAAGGCGACUAAGAAAAAACAAGAGAUCUCAGCAAAGCAUGGAUGACCCAUACUAAUGAAUCCACCUUAUGUGAAAAGAAAAUUCUGGAGAUGCUACAGAAUCAUAGGAAAAUGACUUCAAAUCCUCCCAUGAAGAGUUUGCAUGGCGCUGUCUCCUACAUCACAGAUGACGCGUGUGUGUCCUUCAGUGUAGCUGAAAGGGUGUUGUCUCAAUGACCCACAGCCCCUUCUGCUCCCAUUUUGCCCCUAAUCACCCCGUCCCUGACACCCCGCUGUUUAUAUAGCUCAGUCUUUGUUAUCUUUUCUGUAGAGAAAUAAGAACUUGGGGGGGAAAGAUUACUAUGAAAUAUAAAGAUGUCUGAUUUUGCUUUCCUAACUCUUUAUUUCCCAUUUCAAUCCAAUACCGUCCGUGAUACUGAACACUUCUA